CCGGGCGGGGAGCUCUCCCCGGCCGCGGAGCUGGAUGAGUUACUGGGCGGAUCCUGUCACUGGUGGGAAGAGGCCGGGCCGGAGGGCGCCCCGCUGGCCGAUCUCCUGCAGCAAAUCGUGGGGUUUGUGGACGGACCGCACGGACUACAGGCCGAGACGGACUACGGCAACAUGGUGGCUGACUGCUCCGCCAGCGUGGACUCCGACAAAAUGGCGCCCACCGCAACCCCAACCUUCCCGCGGAAUCGCAGCCGUUGUCAGGGCAACAAGAACGCGCUGGCCGCGCGCCUCAACCGCCUGCGCAAGAAGGAGUACGUCAGCGGCCUGGAGAGCUCGGUCGCGCGCCUGACCGGCGAGAAUCAACAGCUGCAGAGGGAGCGCCAGGCCCUGGGCGCGCGGGUGCGCGAGCUGGAGCAGGAGGCGCGCUACCUGCGGGCGGUGCUGGCCAAUGACAGCUCGCUCUCCCAGUUGCUGGGCAGACUGACGGGGCUGGGCGGGGUCAGGCUCUCUACGUCACUCUUCCUCGACCCCGCCACGUCAGGAGGCGACCAUGACUACGCUCUGCCAGGCUUCCGCCAGGACUUAGAUCAAGCCAGGGAAGCAGGAGAAGGAGCCCACCCCUGCGGAGUGUGUCUGCAUGUGGACAGGGAGAAGGUGUCCGUGGAGUUCUGCGCCUCGUGUGCCAGGAAGGCCGUGUCUGCCACCAAAAUGUAG